UUGUUCAGUUCAGUGUUCCGCGCCUGCUUUGAUAAAACGCAGGAAACGUUCGGUCGCUUGAAUAACGAUCGCAACCUUUUCUACGUGUUGAUCGGAUACGCUUGCCUUCGGACCCGAUCGGUAAAAAGUUAAACAUUUGCCGGGCUUUUUAAAGCAUACAUGUGCCGAUUAAAUUAGCAAAACCAUCUACACAAGAACUUAUUCAACAUGGUUUAUGACUGCGGAGCCUGCAUGGUGAAAUACGUGUUAUGCGCAUUUAAUUUUAUAAUUUUCAUAGCCGGUACCAUUGUAUUAGGGAUUGGGGUUUGGCUUCUAGUUGACAAGAGUUCCUUUAUCGGACUUAGUAAGGUGGUGCCAGUCGACGAAAUACAGGGAUUGGCACAGCCCGGAAUAAUAGACCAAGCGUCCUACAUUCUGAUAGCCAUCGGAGGAUGCAUGUUCCUUGUGAGUUUCUUGGGAUAUUGUGGGGCCCUGAGGGAGUCCCAAUGCAUGCUGACAACUUAUGGUAUUCUGCUGAUCGUCAUCUUGGCUUUAGAAAUAGCAGCUGGUGUCCUAGCAACCAUUUAUAAAUCAAAGGCACAAGAAGAGACGAAAAAUGUGUUAAAAACUUCAUUAGAAAAGUACUACAACAGCACAGGAUCAGACCCAGUGUCCAUAGCCUGGGAUCAGCUUCAAAUGAAUCUCAAAUGCUGUGGAGUCGAUAACUACAACGACUACAAACAAAAUUCGGCUUGGGCUUCUACCGGCAAAACGGUACCGGAAUCGUGCUGUGUAUUGGACGACGAUAAAAGACCACUCGUUUCCAGUUGUACGUCAGAUCCGAAUGAGGUUAAUUCGUACUACCUUAAAGGCUGUUAUGACGCGAUCAUAAACUGGAUCAUGAAAAACUUAAAUAUAAUAAUUAUGACCGUGGGAGUGUUGGCGCUCGUGGAAGUAUUGGGCGUUUUGUUUUCCUUUUGUUUAACAAAAUCAAUUAACGGCUAUAGCGGAAAAUAGUGCAAAUAAUCUGAUUUAUAACUAAUUUAUACCUACCUACUUUCGAGACCAACCUUCAGAUGUGGUGAUAUUAAAAAUAGUUGUAAAUAAUUAUUUUGUAUACGUCUAGUCGCAUAAAAUUAGCUUACCGAUCAUAAACAACAACUAUACAGAUAUUCUAAAACAUAAUUUUACGAAUCUUCGAAAAAGUUACACUACUCGCAGUCGAGUUUGAAAAUCAUAUUUCCUCUAAUUAUUGAAAAGAUACUCAAAGAGUACUUGGACAUUGAUCAGCUAUUUCUAGAGUUGUGGAAUUGACCGGUCAAUUUAUUUUGUGUCAAUUAACCUGUUAAUUGACCAAAAUAAAUUUUAUAAUACCAUGAAAUUUGUAUUUAUUUAUUUAUAAUGUGCGUUACGUCGCCGUCGCGUCGUUCUGGGUACCAAUUGGGGUCGAUAUUAUUACUGGGAUUCCCCGAAUUAUCGUAUUCGGAGGGUUAUAGCUAAAUUGGACAUCACAAACACAUAAUAAUUUAUUAUUAAAUAAUAAUGAUAGAUAACGCUCUGCAAUUGCAAGAUGAUAUUUAAACCAUUUUUUUACUAGUGAAUUAAAAAGUGGUGAGUUGACCGGUCAAUUAAGAAGUGGUCCAUAGACCAGCUCCAACACUAGCUAUUUUUCACCAUCGACGGACAGGGCAGCUUAGCGCCAGUAUAGCGCAGAAAAUAAUCACUGUAUUAUUUAACACAACAACAUUGCUUGUUAAGGGUGUUGCGGUUAAUAAGCAACCAUUUAUUCGAAUAGGGACGUGGUUUAGAAUCGAUUUAAAGCCCCCUUACGUUCAAGCGGUAACAAAAAAAGAAUAUGUAUGUAGUAUAAAAUCUAAACAAACGAAAAAUAAAUGGUAUUAGCUAGAGAGUGAUUAUAUUGUUAUGUCAGGGUUAUUUUACGAUAAAAAUAAAGUGUUUUUUAAUUUCCAA